CACUAUAUAUCUCAGUCCGCUUCUUUUCUUUCUCAGCUUUGCUAAAUCACCAAGAACUCUUUCUUUCUUCUGCUCUAUUGAUCAUGGCUCCUCCAAAACGAAAAACUCCAAAGAAAAACAAAGAAAAAGAUGCAGCCACCCAGAAAAGACUCAAAGUAAUCGUGACUUGGCAAAAAUACCUGAAAAGUAAAAUACGAAAGCAAUCAGAAACUGGAUUGGUUUUGGAGGGAAACUACAACAAGAAGUUUGAAAAUGAAGAUGAUCGGAAAGAGUUCUCUCCGCAAAUUCUUGUGAACAACUUUGGUUUUUUGACCCCUGAUUUAAGUUUAAAGGAUUUUAAGCCAGUGACUGAGUGGUUGAAAGAUGUAGGGAUAUGUACUGAGUUAGGGUGCCCUUAUAAAGGGACAUUGCCGGACAAUUACAAGACGUUCAAACCCCAGCCUCCGUUUUUCACUAUCGAGAGCGCGGAUUAUGAAGAAGGGAUCAUUUCAGACGAUUACAUCGCAACACUGCUUGAAGAAGGGCCAGUGUUAGGUGUUAUAGGGGUCUAUACUAGUUUUACCUGCUUGAAGGCUGGGGUAAGAAAUCUGGAAGGGGCCGAUUGCGGGAUGUAA